AUGACGGCUGAAGACAUAAGAAAAGCGGAGGAACUUAUCAUUAAACUCCACCAAAAUCAGAAUAGCGAGGUGAUCGCAUCCCAAACGCAAAGGAAGUUGAAUAUAGUCAAGGACAGGAAUGGAAUUUGGAGAUGUUAUGGACGAUUGGGUAAAAGUCACCUUUCUGAAGAUGCAAAGAACCCAAUCUUUGUUGCUCCAGACAGCGGUCUUGCUAGACUGAUAAUUCAAGAAGCGCAUGGGAAACUCCAUUAUAUAGGACUCGACUUGUUUGGACCUGUCAAGACACGGAACGCGGAAGGAAUCCAGACAAAACCGUACGGAUGCAUAGUCACUUGCGCAACCACGCGUCUGAUGCAUAUUGAAUUUGACGGAUAA